GAUGUCCCAAAGGGGCUUCUUUGCUCCCAUACCAUCGCCUGUGAGCCAGUGACCACUCUUACUGAGCUCUGCGAUGAUGGAUGCUUCCCGACCCUUGCCUUCAUCAUCACGCACGGCGCUGGCCUCGACAUCGACGCUACCACUGGGCGCAGCACCGGCUGUGCUGCCUGCGUACGUCCAUCACGCCUCUCAACCUGCUUCAGCAGACAUCGUGUCCUCUUCCCUCCUCACAGCCUUCAAAGUCAGCCUCGACGAAGUUGAGUCGUACCUCGUCGGCCUCGAGGCUCGCGUGAAAUGUGAAGAAGACUAUGUUCGGGCCUUGAGGACAACGCUGGACAAGGGCAGAGAGACGGAGGCCAAGCUCGAUACCCGCGUCGGUAGCGUGGCAUCGACGCUACCUGGAGCUAGUAACCUGCCCAGUAUGAGAAAGGCUUGGAAAGAAUUGCAGGCAGAUACUAGGCAACAAAUUGAUGUGCGACUCAAAUUCAUCGAGACGCUCCGGCAGUCGACAAUCAUUCCGCUACGCUCCUUCUUUGAAGCCCAAGACCGCAUUCGUCGCCGAGUCAAAGAAGACCUCAAGAGCUCUCUCGCUGACUUCGAGGAUAUGCGACAUAACCACCUCAAGCGCAUUCGCAAGCAAUACGAAAAGGCAUGCGAAACCGUAGACACGCUCAAGGGGCAGCAGCAAGCAGUAGAAGAUCAGCGUAUGCUACUCAGUCCACCAUCGCACUCUGCUGCUGCGGCGACGACAUCGGCGCAUUCUCAACGCUCCCCGCCCUCAUCUUACGAAGACGGAGCCGCACCGCCGCGUCGCUCCCACUCCAAGUCAGGUCGGCAUGGCCGCAACAUCUCUGCUACUUCAUCUCCACCAGACGAAUCGCAUGGCUUUGCCACCUCUCCGCCCCUCGACAGCAACGGCAACCCUCGCAAAGUCACAGCGGGUGCGCUCCUCGACGCCCUCAAGACCAAAGAGGGGUGGGAAAAUGCCCGCAAGGAGGCAGCAAAGAAGACGAAUGCCUUCAUUACCAAGAUGAGGGAGACGGGAGAGUUCGGUGGCGGAGGCGGCGGCGGCGGCAGCAGCGGCGGGAGUUUUGGUGGUGGGCACGAGCGCGUAGUCUCCGACCCUAACAGCGCUGGCCCAAUCGACGGUCACAUAGCCCCGUCCGGCUCGUCGCUCUCCCAUUCAGCUAGCCUCUCGCAAUCGCACAAACACACUCAAUUCGCUCAGUCCAUGGCCAUCAAGAUAUCCAAGGCGAAGCGCGAAGCCAGCGAGGCGGACAAGGCCUAUCGAAGAGUCAUCUUCGAUGUUGAGACGCUCGCGCUGCGCAGGGAGAAGACGCUUCACGCGGCCAGGACAUCAGUCUUGGACUGCAGACGCGAGCUCUUCACCUUGUGCGGAGAAGCUUGGCUUAACUUGGUGCGCAACGCCCAGACGAUGAGCAGCGCAGAGAUGAGUCUCGCUCGCCACGCAGAGAGCGUCCUCGUGUCUCUACAGCAGCGCGAGAAUCUGGACUCGGAGCUAGCAAUCGUGGACUCGCGCCUGCCUUACCUCGACGCCACCCCCAACUCCGCCGACGGCCCGGUCCCCUACGUCAACUACUGGCACGGGGAAUGCAAGUCCCUCCUCUUCGGCAUCUCCCUGGUGGACUACGAUUUCGCCCGCUCGCAACGGCGCUCUCCUCAGCUGCCGGGCCCUACUAUCGCCGAGCCCCCUCUGAUCGUGUCCAAGUGCGUGGCCUUCAUUGAGGAGCACGGCAUGGAUCAGCAAGGCAUCUACCGUACCUCUGCAAAGCACACCGCUGUUCAGCAGCUGGUGGCAGACUUCGAGCGCGAUGAAGCCCGCUUCGAGUUUGACCCGAAGAGGGACGAGCCUGCUGCAGCGGCAGGCGUACUGAAGCAAUGGUUGCGCGAGCUGCCCACACCAGUCAUGGCAAUGCCUUGGGAGGAACGCCUCAAGCUCACUCACUCGUUGGAGGAGCAGCUGGCGAAUGGGUUUGCUACUUUGAAGGGCAGGAUCAGGCGAUUGCCCGCUAUUCAUCAAGUGACCUUGCGAACGAUCAUCGAGCAUCUAGCUCGGGUAGCGGCACAGGCGGAGGAGAACAAGAUGACUGCAAGAAAUCUGAGCGUCAUCUUCGGUCCUGUCCUACUGAGCGAGGCGGAUCGCCCUACGCCUGCCAACGGUGAUGCCGGCGGCUUGUCGUCUCCUCAGCCUGCCUCCUCAUCAGCUGGCCAGCAAGGACAGGGAGGAGCUGCGGGUAUGAGCCUCGCAGCCGCCAUGGAGGAGGACAAUGUCUGUCAAGUCCUCAUCGAGUACUGCACCGACAUCUUUGGCCAUCUGGAGCGCAGCGGUGCCCCAGUAGUGGCUUGGCAGCCGCCAGGGAAGGAAGUUGGGUCGAGCUUGCAUGUCGACGUUUUGCAGAGAAGUGGCAGUGGGGUGAGCAGGCAGGGGAGCGUGGCGACGUCGAUGGGCAGGCGAGGCUCCUCAACGGGGCAAGGCCAGGCGGAUAGGGCCGCUACGCCUGAUUCGGAUCGACCGCUCGUGCCGCAAGGCAGCCUGGUCAGGAGCAACGCGAUUCUCGCUGGGCAAACGUCUAGCCCUCCUCCGAGCAGCCAGGCUUUGCCCGGAGCUUCACCACCUCUCCCGCCAUCGCUGCCAAGGAGGGGAAGCCGAACUCUCGACAGCAAUGCGAAUGGUAAUGCCGCUACUCUGACCUCCGCACCGCAGCAUCAAGCGGCCGUGCCCGACGAAGCUGGAUGGAUGGGCACCGGCAUGGAUGGCAAGCCGACUUCAAGGCCAACUUCUUGGUCUUCGGCGAUGGGCCACCAAAAGGUCCAGUCUCAAGCUUCUUCAUCGCUUCUCUCGAGCUUGCAGCCUGAGCAACAGCAGACACCGCAGCUCGGCGAGUCGUACCUCCCACCGCCCCAACCGCUUGAUUUGCCGAUGCCGAGGGAGGAGGUGGAGAGGCAGGGAAGGGUCGGGUGACGGUGAGGUGAGAGUGCGAUGAGGGAUCAGGAGGGAGAAGGGAGGAGGGGCAGUAAGAGGUAUGAACAUAGCAUGACUGUACACGACCAGAUAUCCGUAUACGACACGACACGACGUGAUUGGGCGAGAGGCAACGCUCUUUGUACAUAGCUUUCGCUUCAGUAAUGGCUGCAUCGAUCCUCUGCCUAGCAAUCGCUGUGCACCUCGUCUCGCUGGCCCGAAAAGGCAGAUGGCCGAAAAGAGAUAGGGGAUCGCAUGCACAU